AAUACAACAAAACAACGCUCAACACGUUCCAUAAACCACUCUACUCUGCUCAAACAAGAAAAGAAACAUGUUCAAGCAAAGUGCGCUGCUUUUGAUGGUGGCGGCGGUUGCCUGCACCCAUGCAUUGCCCAUCCGCCAACAAGAAGCGCCAGUCACCCCGUCUGGCGCCCAGAUUGGCGAAUACGACCCCUGCGUGCACCCCAUUGUCAUGAUUCCAGGCCUCGGCGCGUCCGUGCUUGAUUACUACCUCACCUCAGAGUACAAGUUCAUCCACCCCGAAUGCGAACUCCUCUACCCCCGCAACAAGUGGAGCUCGGGCAUCAACCGCCUGUGGCCCUCCAUCGAGUCUUCCGACAUCAUCCCGCCGCACCACAUUCGCGAAUGCUGGGAAGACAUGAUCCAGGUCUUUUUCAACUCUACCACACUCGAGUCGACCAACCAGGUCGGCGUUCUGGUCCGCCCACGCGACUAUGGCGGCAUUGAAGGCAUUGCCAAUCUGUUUGCUGUCGAGUCGGACUAUGGCUUUGGCUUUUCGGCCGUCUACGAGCGCUGGGCCAACACGCUCAUCCACAAGACCCCCGGCUACGUCGACCACAUGAACGUCCGCGGCGCUCCUUACGACUUCCGCAUGGUCGCUUGCGACUCUGCUCUCCAGUCCAUGUACUCUGACCUCAAGACUCUGAUUGAGGACACGUACGAGCUGACUCGCAGCUGCGCCACCGGACCCCGCAAGGUCUUUGUCUCGACCCACUCGCUCGGCGGCCCGUACUACCUGCACUUCCUCAACACGUUUGUCAACCAGACCUGGAAGGACUUGUACCUCGAGAGCUUUUUGUCCGUGUCCUCGCCCUUCCUCGGCGCCUCGAUGGCCUACAGCACUGCCAUUUCUGGCAACUCUGAGGGUCUUCCCGGCAGCAGCUACGCCUUCCUCCCCGUCGAGCGUCUGAUGGGCGGUGUGCUCUGGAUGAUCCCCAACGGCGACUACUUUGGCACCCAGCCGCUCGUCCAGGUCGGCAACCGCAACUACACUGCCCAGCUGACGGACGUUGAAAACUCGCUGCCGUCCCUCCUCCGCCAGCUGCCUCUCGACCGCUCGGGCGCCAUUGACAUUCUCCAGAAGGUCAUCCAACCCCGCGGCAACCCUCUCCCGCCAAACACAACCAUGCACUGCAUGUAUGGCACCACGCUGCCCACCGAAGGCUUUGACUACUAUGCCGACAUUAACGCCACCACCGUCAACCCGAACAAGUACCGCGAGCCCGUCAUCCGCAACGGCAAGGUCUUGCUUUCUGGCGCAGACCCCCUCCUCCUCCUUCCCAUGAACUCGACCAACCCUUACUACGACGAUGCCAUCCAAGGCGACAAGGUUGUCCAGCUCCCCUCGCUCACGCUUUGCCAAAACUGGGUGGGCAACAAUGCCGGCCACGGCGUCGAGAUUGUUCCCUUUGCAGGCCAGGAGCACGUCGGUCUCCUCAAGAGCGAUCCAUUCAUGGCGUACAUCAUGGGCGUCAUGGACGCUGCCAACAAGGCAUCUGCUCUGGCUGCCGCCGCUCUUCUCCAGCAAUAACAUUGUUUCGCUGGCGAUAGAUGCGCAAAACUAGUGGGGUACUUUUUGUUACCUGAUAUUUCUUUCUCUUUUUUUUUUUCUCACUCUUUUUUUUUCCCUUCUAUUCCUCCCUCUUCUCGUACAAUUUUUUUGGGUUUUUUUAGUAUAUAUCCCAAACACAUCUGCUCGGUGGGAUUGGAUUGACUCGG